GAGCUAGAGGAGUCCCGAAGGAACUCCGAGAUACAGGCUUCAAGAAUGGCCGAGGGGAGUUCAUCAUUUUACAACGCGCAAUGCAGGAGGUAAAAUCAGAAGCUACGAGGGAAUUACAAACAAAGGAGAAGAGAGUCCAGUACCUGGAGAAAAAGGUCCAACAUCUACGAGAAGAGCGAGCAGCUAAAGCGCGCGAAUUCUCGGAGGCACAGCAGCACAUUAGUCGACUAAUGGGUGUAAUGGGUUUCAAGCCUGCAUCCUCAGACAAUCGAACCUCAAGCAAACAACGACCCCGUCCUUCAUCCGAGCAAUCGCAGACAGCCACAGUGCAAACGAAUUCUGCACGCGCGCUCUCCCCAAUUCGGGACGAUGAUCCCACCGCCUCAUCCACCUCGCCUCGCCCAGUCGCUCGUACCCCUAAAAGAACUCGUAACAAUGCGUUUCCUCCAGAUCAGCCGUCACCCUCCCGCUCACUUGAAAGUAGCAAGAAGUCGCGAGAGUCACCCCCUAGGGCUAGUCCCCAGAAACACCAAGUACGAACGCCCCUUGGAGAGACCAGUCUCAAUAGUCUACCAGACUCGCAGACUACGGAAAAGCUGUCAUAUAGUCGCCACGAAAGCUUCCAUGACAGUCGAAUUAAUCCCAAAGGGGACCAGAACCAUCUCGAUGACAUUGACUUGGAUCUGGAUCUUGAGUUCUCAAAGGAUUUUGUCUUCACCAGUACUUCUUUAUCAGAGAUGAAUGGCCAUGGACGGGUAUAAGCACCGCUAUUAUUGGAGCAUUGUCACCUACAUGAAUUAAGAGUUACGAGGUUCCUAUGUGAAUCAUGCUAAUGACAUAAUAAUAUAUAGUACAUAAAAAACCUAAUUAUAUAGCAAGUGAUAUAUCCAGGCCAUUUGUUGUUUUCAAA